AUUAAAGAGACCAGGACAAAAAGCAAAUUGGCUAGGAUCAUCGGAAAUUCCAAGAGCAAACCCAAAGCUUGGGCUGCAGUAGAUCGAAAAUUUCUGUCUCCUCGGAUCAGAGCACAAUGUUUUCUGAUGUGAACAUGCCUUCCGCCAAGACGGUUGUGUCCACGGCCGCUUCUGUCGCUGCCUCAGCGAUGGUCAUCCGGUCCGUCGCCCGCGACUUGUUGCCCCAUGAGAUGCAGCAUUACCUGCUCUGGAGCAUCCGGGGCUUCUUCAGGUCUUUCUCGCCUGAAGUCACAAUAAUAAUAGAGGAGUUCGAUGGGCUUGCAGGGAACCAAAUAUACAAAGCCGCGGAACUCUACUUGGGGAACAAGAUCUCCCCGAACACUGAGAUCUACAGGGUGAGCCUUCCUGUGAAGGAGAGCAAGAUGUGCAUAACAAUGGGGAGGAACCAAGAGAUUGUUGACAUCUUCCAGGGAUUGCAGUUCAAAUGGAGGCAAGUGACCCGAGAAGUCGUCGAGUCGAAAGAGCUAGGCCAACCCACGAAGUUGGCAGAAGUUCGGCAUUUCCAGCUCAAGUUUCAUAAGAAGCACAAGGGGUUUGUGCUCAACACCUACUUUCCCUUCAUACUGAAGGAAGGCUAUAACGUGCAAGAAUCGAGGAAGGCCUUGAAGCUCCACACCUUGCAGCACGAUCCAUACAGAGGAUACUUAAGCGGGAGCAGCUGUUGGAGCUCGAUUAACCUCCGGCACCCUGCCACGUUCGAUACCAUGGCAAUGGACUAUGACCUGAAGAAGGCGGUGAUGGACGAUCUCAACCGUUUCGUAAGUAGGAAGGAUUACUACGCGAAGGUUGGGAAGGCCUGGAAGAGAGGGUACCUGUUGUAUGGCCCACCUGGAACUGGGAAGUCCAGCCUGGUAGCGGCGAUGGCUAAUUACUUGAACUUCUCCAUAUAUGACUUGGGCUUGUCAAGCAUACACCAUGAUGCCGAGCUCCGAAAAGUGUUGCUCUCCACGGAAAAUUACUCCAUCCUUGUGGUCGAGGACAUAGACUGCAGCCUCGACUUAAAUGAAGGUAAAGACGCCGAGACACAGCCACAGUCUUUGAACUUACCGGGCAGGCAUGCUCCAAAGACCAACAAGGUGACGUUAUCCGGUUUACUCAAUUUCAUUGACGGGUUGUGGUCAAGCUGUGGAGAUGCAAGGAUUAUUGUGUUCACCACCAAUCACAAAGAUAAGCUAGACCCUGCCCUUCUGCGUCCGGGACGAAUGGACAUGCACAUUCACAUGUCCUACUGCACCCCUUGCGGGUUCAGAAAACUGGCUUCUAAUUACCUAGGAGUAACAGAGCAUCCCCUUUUCUCGAAGAUCGAAGAAUUGAUGGCAAGUGUGUCUAUGACUCCAGCAGAAGUCGGAGAACAGCUGUUGAAGGGCGACGAACCUGAUACCACCCUCCGAGGACUAGUCGAAUUUCUCCAAGCAAAGAAGCGUGAAAGCCUUGCAGAACCUGCAGAAACUUGAACUGGCCUAGUAGCCGGAUCCGAAGAUCUGAUCACAGCAAGCAAUCCUAGUGGCCGGUCUGGAGACAGGCCAAGAUUUAAAAUGACCUUGAUCUAGCCCAACCUGCAAAUGAUUAAAGCUUCCAAAAAUAGGAUAUCUACUUUAUUUGUAGCUCUUUCUUCAAAUUAAUAAUAAUUAUAACGAAAGAUCUCAAUGCUAGCUACUGAAGAAAAGAUCUCCAUGCGAUUUGUGCAGGCUUCGCUCCGGCUUGAUAAGCGGCUUGGCAGAACUUCUGGGGCGAGCUUCUGAUGUUGCCAAGCUGGGAAUUUAGCUAUGUCAAUCGAUUGUGGGUAAAUGGACAAAUUGAUCCACGAAUCCGAAAUUAAAUAAUCAAUAGCUAUAUGUAGUGGAGCACCAUAAGUCAAAGUAAAUCUGUUGUCCUUCCAUUUGUUGUAAGAGUUGCCGGAUUACGAGUCGGCAUCUUCAUAAGUCGAAACUCGGUUACCAUGGCUUGGUUAGCUAUCCUAAGAUCUGAUCUCUGGAAUUGUAUAAGUUUCUGUCUCUCAUGGCUCACACUCAAAAGUGUUAACUGCUAUAUAAAUACCAGAUCUCCCCCUCGCACAAUCGAUGUGAUACCACACCUGGACAGAAAGCAACGGUUACCAUGCUCCAAUGAAACUUAGCAGUGUCCCACAAUAUGUAGCUUACUCUGACAUGUGGGCUGAGCCCGCGUUUUGACUGAGCCCUCGCCACUGACAUCGCUUCCUCCCUUCCCGCCACCCUCACCGCUGCCCGCGCCCUCCGCUGGCCACACUACCUGCGAAAACGCAUCUGCACCAUACUCCUGGUGGAUUCUACUGUACUCUGGCGUGCCUGUUGAUGGAUUGCUUACCCAGCCGCCUACAAUCAUGGCCAUCAUACUCGUCAUCGCUGUUUCGUCGGCUCGCCACUGGACCCGGAAAAAAUCCACCAAUGCCGGACAGUCAUGGAUAAAUUCCUUCGACAGUCACCAGCCUCGCCUUUCCCUAGCACUUGCCUUCCAAAAUGGUGCUCUCCACCACCAUUUUGAUCCCACCUUUGAACAUUUUAGCAAUUUUCAUUUAGAUAUUAGAGAUAUAGACAAUGAUUUCUCCUAUUGUUCCGGUGCCCUUGCUGUUGUUCAAGUCAUGCCGGUCUCCGAGAUUUCACUAAAAACACAACGGCAUGCACCACAACUUGUCGAAUCUAUGGUUUGGCUCUCCGUCCAUCCUCAGUUUCGAUAUUUUCAUGGUCAGCUUUGUUCCCGGUUC